CCUUGCUCCUUUAGGUGACUGGCACCAGCUUGUGGAGCAGUAGGCGAUGGUGUCCUUGAUGCAAGGCCGGCUGCCCAUCAAUCAAGAUGUGCUGCUGAUGCAGAAAGGCAUGCUGGCGCGCAAGGUGAGGUCCAAAAGCUGGAAGAAACUAAGAUACUUCAGACUUCAGGAUGAUGGCAUGACAGUCUGGCAUGCCCGGCAGGCAGGAGGCAAGGCCAAGCCCAGCUUCUCAAUCUCUGAUGUGGAGACAGUGCGUGAGGGCCAUGAGUCUGAGCUGUUGCGCAGCCUGGCAGAGGAGUUCCCCCUGGAGCAGGGCUUCACCAUCGUCUUCCAUGGCCGCCGUUCCAACCUGGACCUGGUGGCCAACAGCGUUGAGGAGGCCCAGAUAUGGAUGCAGGGGCUCCAGCAUUUGGUGGACUUUGUCACCAGCAUGGACCAAAAGGAGCGGCUGGACCAGUGGCUGAGUGACUGGUUCCAGCGUGGAGACAAGAACCAGGAUGGUCGCAUGAGUUUCCCAGAGGUCCAGCGGUUACUACACCUGAUGAAUGUGGAAAUGGACCAGGAAUAUGCCUUGCAGCUUUUCCAAGCAGCAGACACAUCCCAGUCCGGGACUCUGGAAGGAGAAGAAUUUGUAGAGUUCUAUAAGGCGUUGACUAAGCGCCCUGAGGUGCAGGAAGUGUUUGAAAACUUUUCAGCUGAUGGGCAGAAGCUGACCCUGCUGGAAUUUGUGGAUUUCCUCCGAGAGGAGCAGAAAGAAGGAGAAAGAGCUUCAGACCUUGCUCUGGAACUCAUCGACCGCUAUGAGCCUUCAGAUAGCGGCAAAGUGCGACAUGUGCUGAGCUUGGAUGGCUUCCUCAGCUACCUCUGCUCGAAGGAUGGCGAUGUCUUCAACCCAGCCUGCCUCCCCAUCUACCAGGAUAUGACUCAACCCCUGAACCACUAUUAUAUCAACUCCUCUCACAACACCUACCUAGUGGGGGACCAGCUUUGUGGCCAGAGCAGCGUCGAAGGAUAUAUACGGGCCCUGAAGAGGGGGUGCCGCUGUGUGGAGGUGGAUAUAUGGGACGGACCUAGUGGGGAGCCUAUCGUUUACCAUGGACACACCCUGACCUCCCGCAUCCCGUUCAAAGAUGUCGUGGCCACUGUAGCACAGUACGCCUUCCAGACAUCAGACUACCCAGUCAUCUUGUCCCUGGAGAACCACUGCACGUGGGAGCAGCAGCAGGUCAUGGCGCUUCAUCUGACCGAGAUCUUGGGGGAGCAAUUGCUGAGCACAACCUUGGACGGGCUGCUGCCCACUCAACUGCCCUCGCCUGAGGAACUUAGGAGGAAGAUCCUGGUGAAGGGGAAGAAGCUACAGACCCUUGAGGAGGACCUCGAGGAAGAGGAAGAGGAGGAAGUGCUGGAGUCUCAACUGGAGGGAGAGCAGGAGGCUAAGCCAGAGCUGGAGGCCCAGUCUGAGUCUGAGCCCCAGGAGCUGAGCCCCCGCAGUAAGGACAAAAAGAAGGACAAGAAAUCCAAACCCAUCAUGUGUCCAUCCCUCUCUGCCCUGGUUGUCUACUUGAAGGCCGUCUCAUUCCACAGCUUCACUCACUCGAGGGAGCACUACCGCUUCUAUGAGACAUCGUCUUUCUCUGAAACCAAGGCCAAGAGCCUCAUCAAAGAGGCUGGCAAUGCGUUUGUGCAGCACAACGCCUGGCAGUUAAGCCGUGUGUAUCCCAGUGGCCUGAGGACAGAUUCGUCCAACUACAACCCCCAGGAACUCUGGAAUGCGGGUUGCCAGAUGGUGGCUAUGAAUGUGCAGACUGCGGGGCUGGAGAUGGACAUCUGUGAUGGGCUCUUCCGCCAGAACGGUGGCUGUGGCUAUGUGCUGAAGCCAGACUUCCUGCGUGACAUCCAGAGUUCCUUCCACCCAGAGAGGCCCAUCAGCCCUUUCAAAGCCCAGACCCUCCUAAUCCAGGUGAUCAGUGGUCAGCAACUCCCCAAGGAGGACAUGACUAAAGAGAGGUCCAUUGUGGAUCCACUGGUGAGAGUUGAAAUCUUCGGUGUCCGCCCAGACACAACCCGGCAAGAGACGAGCUAUGUGGAGAACAAUGGUUUUAAUCCAUACUGGGGGCAGACACUAUGCUUCCGGGUCCUGGUGCCUGAACUGGCCCUGCUGCGUUUUGUGGUAAAUGAUUACAACUGGAAAACCCGACACGACUUUAUUGGGCAGUACACACUUCCUUGGAGCUGCAUGCAACAAGGCUACCGCCACAUACACCUACUCUCCAAGGACGGCACCAGCCUCCAUCCAGCCUCCAUCUUUGUGCAUAUCUGCAUCCGGGAAGGACUAGAGGGGGAUGAAUCCUAAGGCGGGCACUUCUUGGGAAGGGUGGGUGCGCUGGCUUGAGACGGUAAGAAAAACCUGGAAGGAUGCUCCAGAAGGCAAACAGAGGUGGUAAAAACCAGGUUUUGGGUUGUGCAUUCCUAAGCACAAAAUUACCUCACCUUUCCUAACAAGCAAAUCUAGGACCUGAUCUUUCACUCUCUCUCUCUUCCCUUUCUUCGUUUUUCCACCUGUGGUAUCUUUUCUGCCCCUUUCUUCGCAUACUCUCUGCUGGACUUCCUUCCUCUUGCCACAGCCUCAAUCCCAUACCUCAGUCCCAAAGGAUGAAUCUCUUUCAUCAACCCUGGCUCAAACGAUGGUUGCCACCAGAAACCCAGAGAGGGGCUUGGAGCAGAGAAACACCAAGAGGCAUUAUCCCCUCCACACUAACUUCCUUAAAGCUCAGAGCCAAGGAAAGGAUAGACCAAUCCUCCAGGUUCCCCAGGCAAAGGCUGGGGAAGGAGACCUGACCCCAAGACUACACGGACUCUUAAGAGAACACUGCACAGCCGAGUCCCCACUGGACUGCUCUUCCCUAGUCCCACUUGUAUAAACAGAGCUUUUCUCCCCA